AUGGCCGCCAUUGAGCCAACCAGCUCCUCUGGAGCGCCGUCAAAAGAUAUCGACAUCGAAAAGCUCCCCGACGUCAACGAGGCAGUCGAGCCCGAAGUCCGUCAUGGCAGUGUGACUCCAGCAUAUGAAAUAGCAAAAGCAAGACACAUUCAGACCAGCCUCGCGCCUCUUCGGUGGCUGAGCAGGGGCGAGACAUGGCUCGAUGAAAAGAUGGGUAUCGAAACCCAGGGGAUCGAUCGCAUCCCCGAGGAAGAGAAACGGCCGCCUGCCCUGAUCAACACCUUUUUCAUGUGGUUUUCAAUGACCUGCCACGUUGGCACCCUUCCGCUCGGCGUGCUGGGACCCGAAUUUGGCUUGACCCUAGGCCAAUCCGUCGCAGCGGUGGUGGUGGGCACCAUCCUGGGAGCGCUCUGCACGGCAUAUACUGGUACCCUGGGACCUAAGACUGGACUUCGUCAAAUCGCCACAUCCCGAUAUUCCUUUGGUUUCUGGGGAGCCAAGCUCUGCAGUGUUCUCAACGUGAUCGUUGGCGGUGGUUUUGCUGUGGUCAAUGUGGUCAUUACUGGUCAAAUGCUCAGCGCUGUCUCGGACUACUCAAUGACCAUCGCCGUGGGCUGCGUGAUUGUCGCCAUCGUGUCCUACGUGGUUUCGGUGUUUGGCUUUGCCAUCAUCCACACCUUUGAAAAGUACAGCUGGAUUGUAUCUUUUAUUCUCCUGUGCGUCUUGAUCGGUCAGGCGGCGCCGCAUGUCGGACCCAAUGCACCUGGAUUCCCUGCUUCAAACCUGGAGAUUGCUGGCUCGUGGCUCAGUUUCAUGGCCAUCUGCUUCUCUAGCUCUUCUGGCUGGUGCUCCAUCGCCGCCGACUACUAUUGCAAUUACCCUGCAAGCACAAAGACCUGGAAGAUCUUCUUCCUGACUCUGGCCGGGAUUACCAUCCCAACCGUCUUCGUGACGGUCAUCGGUUCCUGCAUUGGGAACGCCGCUAUCCUGAACGCAUAUCCACCUUACUCGGAUGCUUAUGAGAACCAUGGCCUGGGCGGCUUGUUGCGCGAGAUCUACCAUCCCGUCGGCUGGGCCAAAUUUUGCCUGGUUAUACUCACCUUCAGCGUCUUGGGCAACAACAUUGCCAUCAACUACUCCUCCGGUCUAUCCAUCCAACUUCUCGGUCACUACUUCCAUGCCGUGCCCAGAUUUAUCUGGUCCUUUUUGGUCGCUUUGGUGGUGGCGCUGCUCGCCAUUGCUGGAAAGGACCAUCUGUCCAACAUUGUUUCAGAUUUUGUGUCCUUGUUGGGUUACUGGACCAUCUCCUUCACCCUCAUUCUUCUAAUUGAAGACCAAUUCUUUCGCAAGCGAUCGGGUGAAGGGUACAACCUCGAAGUGUGGGAUAUGCCUGACAAGCUGCCAUGGGGUGCCGCGGCUGUCUUCUCCCUUCUGGCAGGAUAUCUGGCUGGUGGUCUGCCCGGUAUGGCGCAAGUUUGGUACGUCGGACCUAUUGCUGCGAAAUUCGGACCAUUCGGUGGUGACGUCGGUAUCUACAUGUCUGGCGCCAUCACCGUGGUUUGCUACUUUCCCUUGCGGUAUCUGGAGAGGAAGAAAACGGGAAGGUAA